UGCUGCCAGAGCCGUUGCCUUUGUCGGCCGGGCUGGAGGGUGGCCGCGGCCUGAGGCGGCGGCGUUUGGGAGCGGGUCGGCGCUGCGGCCGCGCCGUUCCCGGGUCCCUCAGGCGCCGCUGCCGGGCCGGGGCGCUCGGCUGUGCGGGCACCGCCGCCGGUCCCGUAGCUGCAGCCGGUCGCGCCCGAGGAUGGGCGGCGGGGCCGGCUCGCUGCUUCCCGCCGGUGCCGUGGCGGGGUGCGAGGCGAAUCCGAGCCGGGUAAAUCGGAAAGUUUCCGUACGGGCGGGCUAAGUUGCUUCGGGAGCUCCCAGCGCUCCAGAUGUCUUUGUUCAGCCUCUGAGAGGUGUCGGGGGAGGCUGGCCGCGGGUGCUACGCCGCUGUGAGUACCCGCGGCAGAGUAGGGGAGGCACAGAGGAACAGUUUUGUAGCACCGCGUUUAUAUCUGCAAGCGCAACGUAUAGUAGUCGUCUGGAAUUGUGCUGAGAGUGAUUCAUCAUUCUGCUUUACCCAACCUGUGAAUUGAGGAUUUCAGCCUUCAGACAACAGGCUUUCCCCCAUACUGCUGCACUGUUCAGAUGACUUCCACUUAAAUUUCUGGGACUUUGUUUCAUUUAACAUCCAGAUAUUUAAGGUGCAGUUAAAGACGGCUCUUCAGCAAGGAGAGACCUUAAUUUAUUUUGGAUUAAGAUUCCCAUGGCAUGUGAACUAGAAGAUAAUUUGAAAUAGAAAGUCUCUUUAUUUUGAAGUGACAGUCUUUAUCAAAAUGGUUGGAAAACUCAAACAGAACUUGCUAUUGGCAUGUCUGGUGAUCAGUUCAGUGACAGUGUUUUAUUUGGGCCAACAUGCUAUGGAGUGUCACCAUCGAAUAGAAGAACGCAGCCAGCCUGUGCGGAUGGAAAGUGUGAGAAGCACAGUAAGAACUGCUUCCAGUGUAAAUGCAAACAAAACUUUUGCUUACAACAAAGACAUGCCUUUAAUAUUUAUUGGAGGAGUACCUCGAAGUGGCACUACCCUAAUGCGUGCCAUGCUUGAUGCCCAUCCGGAUAUUCGAUGUGGAGAAGAGACAAGGGUAAUCCCGCGAAUUCUGGCAGUUAAACAGAUGUGGGCUAGAUCAAGCAAAGAGAAAAUCCGACUGGAUGAAGCUGGAGUCACAGAUGAGGUUCUGGACUCAGCCAUGCAAGCAUUUUUAUUGGAAAUCAUUGUGAAACAUGGGGAGCCUGCUCCCUAUUUGUGUAACAAAGAUCCUUUUGCUUUAAAAUCCUUAACUUAUCUUGCUAGAAUUUUCCCCAAUGCCAGAUUUCUUCUAAUGGUACGGGAUGGUCGUGCAUCUGUACAUUCCAUGAUAUCUAGAAAAGUCACAAUAGCUGGAUUUGACCUGAACAGCUACAGGGACUGCUUGACCAAGUGGAACCGUGCUAUAGAAACUAUGUAUAACCAGUGUAUGGAAGUUGGUUUUGAAAGGUGUAUGCUGGUGCAUUACGAACAACUCGUAUUGCAUCCUGAAAGAUGGAUGAGAACUCUCUUAAAGUUUCUUCGCAUCCCAUGGAACCAAGCAGUGCUACACCAUGAAGAAAUGAUUGGAAAAGCAGGGGGUGUUUCUCUUUCAAAGGUUGAAAGGUCUACUGACCAAGUUAUCAAGCCAGUCAAUGUGGAAGCACUGUCAAAGUGGGUUGGGAAGAUACCUGCUGACGUUCUGCAAGAUAUGCCUGUGAUUGCACCCAUGCUAGCAAAACUGGGCUAUGAUCCAUAUGCCAAUCCACCAAAUUAUGGAAAGCCAGAUCAGAAAGUUGUGGAAAACACAAGGAGGGUCUAUAAAGGUGAAUUUCAGCUUCCUGACUUUCUUAAAGAAGUGCCACAGCCAAAGAAGACAGUAGAAAGGAAGUCUCGUGGCAAGAUAAAAUGAACAUGGAUCAGUGAAGUCGAAUAGCUGUAGUACUGAACCUGUGGAAUAGAAGAUACAAUGGAUAUUUCUUGCACAGAAG